GCUCAGGGCGCCAGAGCACACUUUUUGUGCUUGCGCUACGCUCGUCCAAUAUCCAAGAGAACCUCUCUUAUCUACUUGACGUUUUUAUCUAAUUUGUGAUCCGAGAAAAAAAAAACUAUUCGAUCAGCUAAAAUGCCCGGACGUCCACUUUGGCAGGUUGCUGGAAAACGCGAAGCUGACCAAGAGGCCGCAGCCCAACAAUGGAUCGAGACGAUCAUCGGUGAAAGAUUUCCACCCGGUUUGGCCUACGAAGACGCAUUAAGGGAUGGUGUUAUUCUCUGUAAAUUGAUGAACAGACUGAGGCCCGGACUAGUUCCAAAAAUCAACACCUCCGGCGGCGACUACAAAAUGAUGGACAACCUCAACCAGUUCCAAAAAGCCUGCGUCAAAUACGGAGUGCCAGACGUCGAUUUGUUUCAGGCCGUUGACCUCAUGGAACGCAAAAACAUUGCGCAAGUGACGAACACCAUUUUCGCCAUUGGUCGCACUACUUACAGACACCCGGAAUGGCGCGGACCUUACCUCGGCCCCAAGCCCGCGGAGGAAAACAAACGCUCGUUCACCGAGGAGCAACUAAGAGCCGGAGAAGGUUUGAUUGGCCUCCAAGCCGGCACGAACAAGGGCGCGACUCAGGCUGGUCAAAAUUUUGGAGCGACGAGAAAAAUUUUACUCGGCAAAUAGAUUUUAUUGGUCAAUCGAAAAUGCGGCAAUUCAAACAGUUUUCUUUGUUGUUGAUGGAUCUUUGUGUUUUCAAUCUUGUGCUGUUUUUAUGUUAUUUAUUCCAUCGAAAUCGAUGUUUCGAUACGAUUCAGAAAUGCUUAUAAAGGCACUUGUCCGUGUAACUUAGCCAUAGAACCAGAAAUACAUUUUUUUAACACUCA